AUGGGUUGCAUUUACGGAAAGCCAGAUCUUGAAAUUGGAAUGCAACAGUAUCGAAUACUGAAACCUUUCGCUAAAGGAGGCUUCAGUCAAUUAUUUCUGAUAGAGGAGUACAAAAGUGGACAUAAAUUUGCCUUAAAACGGAUUGAUUGUCAUUCGAAAACAGAUGUUGAACGUGUUCGAAAUGAAAUAGAUGUGCAACAACGAUUUGGAAUGCAUCCGAACAUCCUAUCACUGAAAUGUUUCACGGAUGACGAAAUUCCGCAUGGCCUUCGAUUUUCACUUAUCUUUACCUUUUACAAACGCGGUAGUCUUGAGCAAGAACUUACAAAUCGCCGUUCAUGCUGUGAUUACAUUGACGAAGAACGGGUAAUACGUCUUUUUCUACAAAUUGCUUCUGCUGUUAAAUUUAUCCAUUCAUCUUCGCCUCCCAUUGCUCAUAGAGAUAUAAAACCGGCCAAUGUGUUGCUCUCAGAUGAUGAUCGUCCGGUACUGAUGGAUUUUGGUAGUUGUUUCGCGUGUCCAAUAAUAAUUAAUAAUGGAAAAGAUUCAAGAAUGCAAUUGGAUGAAGCUGGUGAAUUAUGUUCAAUGCCCUAUCGUGCUCCGGAACUUUUUGUUUGUGAAGUCGGUUCAAUAAUCGAUCAGUCUGUAGAUAUUUGGUCACUUGGUUGUCUUUUAUUUGCCUUAUGCUUCUUUCGCUCACCAUUCGAUGAUAUCUAUGAGCGUGGUGAUAGUAUUGCACUUGCUGUUCAGUCAGGAAAACUUACUUAUAAUGAAAGUCAUCCGUAUAGUCAAAAAGUUCUCGAUGCAAUUCGUGCAAUGAUAGCUGUUGAUCCAAAAGAUCGACCGACCAUUACUUCUAUCUGUGAGCUGUUACAAGAGUCCUAA